AGCUCUUUUCCACUCUUUUCGCUGCGGCACGAGGAACGUUUUGUAAACUGGUUCAGCGCUGAUCAGUUAUUUAAGAUUAAAUUGAUCAUCUCGACCAGGAUCAUCAAUCAACCAUGGCAAGUUUGAAGACCGAUAACCCUGAGAAACCUGGAGCAGAGGUUGCAACGAUUCACCGUAUCAGGAUCACCCUGACUUCUCGUAACGUUCGAUCUCUCGAAAAAGUUUGCUCCGAGUUGAUCAGUGGUGCCAAGAAACAGAAGCUGAAGGUCAAGGGACCGGUUCGUAUGCCAACCAAAAUCCUGAGGAUCACUACACGUAAGACACCGUGUGGUGAAGGUUCAAAGACCUGGGAUCGCUUCCAGAUGCGCAUCCACAAGCGUGUCAUUGAUCUCUAUUCACCAUCUGAGAUCGUCAAACAGAUCACCAGCAUCUCCAUUGAACCUGGUGUAGAGGUUGAGGUUACCAUUGCCAACGAUUAAGUCACUUGACAUCAACGAUGAUAUUUUAAUAAAUAUUUGAAACGAA